GAUUGGGAAAGGAAUCGACGGAUCCGACGCCACUGCAACUUGCUAUGCUAGCUAUGCAUGAUCAGGAGGUUUAUUUAGCUGUUUAGAGGGAUACCGGAUAGCUCUGUAUAUCAUGAAUUGUUGAAAUAUAUAUAAGAGGCCUAGAACAUCUUUGACUCAAGAAUUAGACUUCAGCAUCAAUGCAAUACUAUUCCGCCAGGACUGAAGAUAGAUUGAAGAGCUUGCUACUGAGCCAGGACCAAUGCUGAUGACAUUUCUGAGUGGUGUGUACCUGCUUAAGAUGUUCCUCCAGGGGCAUCCUGGUGAGACAAUCAAAGAGAAGAGGAUGGAUCAGGGAGGAGAGUCUUCCAAACCUCCAUCGUGUCCAAGCUGGACCACGCAAGAGGAGCUCAAUGGAAUGGCAGGUGAUAUUUAUGACAUUAUCCGAGACAUCCAGGAUCCUGAGAAACCCAAUACUCUGGAGGACCUGGAGGUCGUCUAUGAGGAAGGGGUCACGGUAGCGGCCCUGGAGACAGAGGAACAGGGUCAUCUCAUCAAUAUUGAAUUCACUCCCACUGUUCCUCACUGCUCCUUAGCAACACUAAUUGGUCUUUGUCUGAGAGUCAGGCUAGAGAGAAGUCUUCCAAAUAAACACAAGCUUGACAUCAUUGUUAAAAAAGGAACACAUGCAACAGAAGAUGACAUUAACAAACAAAUCAACGACAAAGAGAGAAUAGCAGCAGCCAUGGAAAAUCCCAAUCUGAGAAAACUCGUUGAACAGUGUGUCAGCAUAGAGGAUUACUGAAAGAGAACUUGAGCUUACAUCGGAACUCUAGAAUGGACUAAAGACCGAUGUUUUAUUGCUGAAAUAGGCUGGACUAAAGAUCGAUGUUUUGUUGCUGAAAUAGGCUGGACUAUCGGUACUGCUUUACAUGCCAUUGGUAUAUGAUCAACCUUUUAUGAGUAUGGAACUCUUUGACAUAUUUUUUUGGAGAAGGUUGUAGAGAAGUUUGAGCUCCAUAGUAGCUGGUUGGGAUUGAAAUGGAGGAAUGAAGAGCAAGUCCAAAAUGAAUACCGGUAUUGAUCAUGGCCCAGACAUAAAGUUUAUUG